AUGGCUACCUAUUUAAGAUAUGUCCGGAGUUUAGAUUUCUUCGAAGAACCCAAUUAUGAAUAUCUACGUUGGGGAUUUACAGAUCUAAUGCAACGAAAAGGUUGGGAAUGUGAUUGGGAAUUCGAUUGGUGCAGUCGACCAUUACCUGGUGCUAAGCCUCCAGGAUCUUCACACACUUCAGGCGGCGGACAAGUAACAAAUCCACCAUUAACAAAUCUCCCACCUGGUGGUGGUGCCGGUAAUACAAGUUGUAUGAAUAAUGGUGUACAAAAUGCUUCUGGUCUUACCUCACCAACUCAUCAGCAUGCAGUGAAUGGUAAUCAACAACAAACUCCUGGUGCUAGUAAUGAUCAUGGCUUGACUGGUGGUGGCACACCCUUGCUAGGUCCUGGUGGUGGUGGUGGUGUUGGAUCUCAUUGGCCGCCAGCACCACCACCAUCACAGCCUACUGGUGGUGGACAAUCAAACAACAUGCCUGGUGGUGGUGGCGUCGGUUAUCCAACAAAUGAAGAUAAUGGUGUUGGGGGUGGUGGUACCUCACCGAAUGAAUUACGCUAUAAAGUUGAUGAAUAUUUACCUCCAUAUUUUGGUCAGCAGCCUGGUAAUCAAACUGUUAUGCACAGUGGUCUACUCGGUGCUAAUAAAGUCACUUCACCGAAUGACGGUGUCGGUGUACUAGAGGAUAUUGGACCGGCUGGUGCUAUGCCUGCUUCAAAUUCUACUGGUCUACCGUAUGGCGCAAAUACCGGUGGUGGAAUGCACUUUCGUAAUGCAACUGGAUUGUAUAGUGGUCCAGAUGAAAGUAUGGCUAGAGAUAUGGAUAAUAUGGGCAUGGGAAUUGGUGGUGGGAUGACAACAGAGACAACAGCACCAGAGAAUGCUGCUACUGGCGGUGGUGAACAGGAUGACCUGCAGAGUCAAUCAGGUUGUUGUGGUUGUCUUGGUCGACGUUCCAAAGGUCGACGACUUCGAUCUCAGUUUAUAUGAAUGAAUGAAAAUCCCUAUUGUCCUUUUUUUCUCUCCUGGUUUUUAUUUAUUCAACUCUGCCUCUGUGUCAAUCUCUCUCAGUCUGCCUCUCUCACUCAAUAUCUCCACUGUGUAAUUCUCCCACCGACCGUUGUUUUCUGUCUGUGUGCAUGCAGAUGUCUGUAGGUGCGU